AUGAUUGUUCUUAACGCACACUGCCUUUUUGACGGUAAGGGCUCCCCUGUCGUGCAAAGAUAUCCUGCACGAGUGUUGCAUAGUUCCCCUUCGGCCUCUCGUUUGUCAGUAUCUGGCUGCCUUUAUUCAAGGACGGUGGAGCGUCCUGCAGCAACAUAUGUGCCCAGGAGUGUGACACAACUUUUCAUCCAUGGCUACCUCAUACUCCCCCCCUCCUUCUGCCUCGAUCGCCGCCACUGUGCCUACAAAUUUCCAUUAUGAAACCAAGUACAUAGUGCUCACCUACCUGGGACGGCUGCCUGCAGGUCGACGGCACUCUGCACUCAUUUCAGUUGAAGACUCAGAAAGCAGGAGCGCCAGCAUUGUUAAAGAGCAGGUAGAAAAAGAGCUGAGACAACUUGAAGAUGAAAUUGAGGCUUCCUUUUCCAGCACAGGGUUUGACCGUGGCACGUCCUUGGUGUUCAGUCCAGUCAACCCUGAGACGUCAAUUGAAGACUGUCUCGCUGAGCUCGGAGAUCGUCUAGUUGGAGAGCUGGACGCUCAACUGAGAGGAGCUGUCCACGCACUUCUCGCGGGGCCUCUCGUGUUUGAGAGAUUCCGAGAUACAACACUGGACCUGUUAACACACACACAGGGAGGAUGGAGCAAGGUGCUUGUGCCUUUGGUGCUGCUUCAGGCUUUGCAAAGUGAAAAAGAGCACAAUGUUUCAACCCUGCUUCAUCUCGGAGUGCGCUUCUUGGAGGAGGCUCAGGGAGAAUACAUCAGCCAGCAAGGGGGAUACGGGGAAAUAUUUGGCCUUAGUUCAGAAGACGAACGAGGCGUUGCCAUCGCCGAAGACAGCAACGACAUCUACAUCCUGUCGGGGGAGCAAGCGCCCGACCGGCUGAGCCCGCAGUUGUCUCUGCUCUGUGCAGCAGACAGCAGCAGCGGGCACAGCUCCUGGCAGGCGGAGAGCUUACCCGUGUCGCUGGCCGGCCACGAGUCGUGGGCGCAGGUGUGCGCAAUGGACCCCGAAGAUAUCAAGAGCCUGGACAGCAACGAGGGCGUAGCCCUGGCCGAAGAGCGCAGCGAAAACAAUUCUUCCAACUCGGACAUUGUCCAUGUGGAGCGCGAGGAAGCCGAGUUGCUGGAGGAAGGAGGUGAAAGCGGUGCGAUCGAGGAGAGCAUGAUGAGUGUGUUGGGUACAGAGAGUGAGCUAGCCCAGCUCAGAGAGGAAAUUAGCAGCCAGAUUCCUGUUGCUCCCGUGACCUUGGAGGAACCUGCCUCCCUGAUUUCACUGGACGAGCCUGUAGUCAUAGAAACACCUUUAAGCCUGUCUACAGAACCUUCCCUUAUCUCUUUAGAACCAGAGCUUCCUCCUCCAGCCUCAGAGGUUGCUGCUCCUCCUCCACCUGAACCGCAACCUGUGGCCCCCUUACCUGCUCCUAUAGUAGAACCAGCACCUGCACCAGAAAGCCCUACUGCUCCUGCUCCUGUGCCUGUAGAGGCUGCGCCCCCAUCUCCGGCUAAGCAGGGCCAGACCGCAGAGCCCGAAGCCCCGUCUGAACCACAACUGGAGCCUGUAAGUGUGCCUCCCCAGUAUGAACCAGAGGCCCCGAGCGAGCUCGAUGUCCCACCAGCUGCAACCCCAGUACCAGAGACCCCCGCGCAGGCCGCUGCAGAAGAGCCCCCAGUGCCGGCAGAUCCAACAUCAGAGCUCCAGGUUCUGCUGUAUGGUGGAGCUGCCUUGGUGCUCCUCACUGCUGUGAUGGCGUAUGGUGUCAUAAACUAUAGGAGGAAGUAGAAUAGACUCCUUUCCUUCUCAGGGGAUUAGAUCACACAUGAAAAGAUGUGGUAGGAAUCAAUUAAUUGAAUAGACAAAAGAUGCGUUUGCCAUCGGUGGUCUAUGGCUCCACUUCCCCUGAUGUUUAAAACAAUCAUGGUUUGGGUUUUUGGUUUUUCUCCUUAUCGUUUUGUGUGCCAUCUGAUUCCCUCUACACUUAUUAAAUUCUCCUAAUGAUUUGUACCACUAGCGUCACUGUUAUGUGUAGUAUUUUUAAAUGAGUACAGUUCAUACUCGUAAGAUACUUUAGUCGAUGCUUACAUCGAUCAUUGAAAAAGCUGCAGCACAUAAAAAUGUUGUCUUUUUAAAAAUAAACACAUGGAAAAUUCUUAA